CCACUCCGGCCCAUGGUCAAAUAAUAAGUUUUGUCAACAAACAACACGAACAAUGAUCUCCCCAUUUACUCUCACCGGAUCUUUUCACCGUCCCAGGGAUCUACGGCGACUCUCUCUCUCCACGUAGAAACCCCACAUAGCUCAGUGAAUUAUCGGCUGAUUUUCAAGGCUGGUAAAUAUAAUACUUUAUCUGAUCAAUUUUAUUUUCAAAAUCAAUGUUUAACUGCUAGUGUUUAUAUAUAUAUGAAAAAAAGUGGAUUUCUAACUGAACAAGGUGUUUUCUGGUGAGAUCUGGUGUCCAUUAAAAUGGGUUCUCGUUCAAUUUCAUGUUACUGCGUCUUUUUCUUUUUUCUCGUUCGUGAUAUUUUAGUUUUGCCAAGUUUAGGUAAGGUAUUGGUGUAAAUUAUGACAUGGGAAUGUGGUGAUUGUCUGCACAAGGGAUUUUAUUUACUUGGUUUUCUUGCUAAAUCUGGAGGCAGUGUAAAUAUCUGAGCUUUGUUCCGAAGAUUUGAGCUUUUUGGGAGUUAGUGUAAAAUAUUGGGUUGUGAAAAUAUGGAGAAAGGUAAGGCUUGGAGAUGGGUUAGGGGUUUGGUAUACAUAUUUUCUGUUGCAAAUAUAUGGAUAGCAGCUAGUUUUGUGGUUCAAUCUGUUGUAGAUGCUGGUGUUUCGCCAUUUCUGGUCACGUACAUUUGCAAUUCGUUGUUUGUGAUUUACAUUCCGAUGGUUGAAAUUGGACGCUAUUUGGAGGAUUCUUAUGGUAGUUUACUGUUCUGGAGGAAUAAAAAGAGGAGCUCUUUGGAAGAACUGAGAGAGUCAGAGCAGGCCAUUCUUCUUGGAGAUGGUUAUUUGGGGGUAAAAGCAGAUGAGUUGAAUCCAUCUGUGAUUAUGGAAGAUGGCAUAAGUAGUCUUAAUGAGAAAGCUGUUCAUUCAAAUCUGGAUUCUGUAUCAAAUGAGCUUGAAAGGACCUUGCCUGUGCAAGCAGAUGAAGAUGUUAAUAAAGGAGUUGAUGAAAAGGGGCGAUGGACACGUGCUAGGGUGGCAAAGGUUAGCCUGCUUAUCUGCCCAUUUUGGUUUUUGGCACAGCUGACUUUCAAUCUAUCAUUGAAGUAUACAUCUGUAACAUCAAAUACCAUUUUAAGCAGUGUUUCCAGCCUUUUCACCUUUGUGGUCUCUCUAGUGUUUCUGGGUGAAAAGUUCACUUGGGUGAAGCUUUUAAGUGUUCUUUUCUGCAUGGCUGGUACUAUAAUCGUCAGUUUGGGCGACUCAGAAACUGGUUUAAGUGCAGUUUCUUCGAAACCUCUUCUUGGAGACAUUCUAGCUCUGGUCUCAGCUGGCUUGUAUGCUGUGUAUAUUACACUUAUUCGCCUGAAGUUGCCUGACAAUGAUGGAAAAAGCGGACAUGCCAGUAUGGCACAGUUCCUUGGAUACCUAGGGCUUUUCAACGUCAUCAUUUUCCUUCCAGUUGCCCUCGUUCUUGAUCUCACCAAUCUAGAGCCUUUAUGUAAGCUGACAUGGAAGCAGUUUGGUUUAAUUGUUGGCAAAGGUUUGUUGGAUAACGUGCUGAGUGACUAUUUAUGGGCUAAGGCUGUCCUUUUGACGACCACUACGGUAGCAACAGCUGGUCUUUCAAUUCAGGUUCCAUUGGCAGCUAUUGUGGAUUCCUUUAUCGGCAAUGCCCCUCGUCUCAUGGAUGGCCUUGGAGCUUUAGCUGUAUUGAUUGGCUUUGUUGGAAUCAACAUUCCUUCUGAUGCUUUUAGCAGAUCAAAAGGAGCCAGUAUUGAACUAGAAAACGAAAAUGUCAGAUCCACUGAUCAAGAUCGCGUAUCACUCCCCCAAACCACAGUUGGCAUCUCAUAAUAUACCGUCAGCAAUGUUGCAAAUACAAACACACAAUUUCGCGAACCCAAUACACAGUUUCAGAGCACUGCUUAGUGUAAUUAUACAGUGUUGUACUUCCCAAAGAUACUGUUAAAAUGUAGCAUGGAUCGUCUGAUUCUUUAAUUUAGAUUCAUAGAAGAAAUUGCCAUUAUGAAUCACUUCUUGAGUCACAAAGAAUUGGUUUUGACUGUUGAGGAUAUCGAAUGUAUGUCUUAACUUGAUGUUUGCUUUUA